AUGGAAGUCGAUGUAGCCCCCGCUGAGGACGAGGGAUAUAAUACGACCGCAAGGAGGACUGCAUCUGCAAUGCCUUCUACUGUAACUACACAUGCUGAAGCACAAUUACAGCAGCAGCACCAGCAGCUGGGCAUGCAACCGUCCUCCGAGGUUGCUGCUGGUGUUGCAGCAACAAAUCAGCAAAUGCUGCAGAUCCUCGGAGACCACCCAGUAGCAAGCGCAAGCCAAGAACGGCACCAGCCUUUACUGGAACAACGACAACGAGAAGAUGAACGAGAGGAGCGAGGACCAGCUCAGCCAAAUGUCACUUGUCCCCGCCGACUCGCACAGCGAGCCGCAGGAACUGCCCAGCAGUGCGUCGGAACUGCCCGACAGUGCGUCAGAACUGCCCGACAGUGCGUUGGCCGAUAUUAUCCCCGCCGACGCUGUCGUCGUCGAAGAACCUCUACUACACCGGACGCGAGACAAGUUCGCCGUUCAAGUACCUGGCCCCCGGUCGCGGGGCCGCGGGCGGCGCAACAUGGUCAAGAAUUGGUCAACACAGCCUUAUCCCAGCUAGCGGAAGUUGUCACAGAGGCCUCUUCCUACCAGCAAAUCGUUGCCAACGGGCUGCAAAUCUACACGCAGCUCGCGGGGUAUGAUGUGGCUGGACUGGAAAAUUGGCAAGAGGGAAGCUGGAAAAGCUGGAAAAACCCCUCCGGUCGUGCACGAAGGCCACUUGGACCCCGUGCUCGGUCUGCUUCUACUGGACGUGUUCCACCGCGUGGAUCUUCCUCACAGCGGGGUUCAAGAAGUCCCGGAAGAGACGAGCUGCAACCGCGAAUAACCCGGCGCACGAGCAGCUCGCACUCUCCAUCUGCACUGCGAACUGUCCCAACUACGCCACACACAAAGUCGCCCCUCGGCGUACUUGGGCAACAAUUGGCAGUACAGCACCAGGCCCGGGUCGAGCGCGGAAUCAGCACAGCGACUGUAAGCAGUAUUGGAGGCGGGGCCCUGACACCUCGUGCUGGAGGGGAGCAGACCACACCGAGAGUAGUGGAAGAGGGACGUUUUUGUUUUUCGAUGCCAGGGCUCCUACACGACCAAGCAGUGGCAACAUCCACACAAGAACUCGGAACAAGUAGUGAAGAUCAAGAUCAGCAGCUCCACCAACCUCAGCCCAAAAAAGCGGUGCGUCAGUCGUCGGUCCUCGAACCACUCCCCCUUCCUGUCCGCAGUAGUUAUACGCCGCCGGCGUCAAGAGCAACGUCAGAAGCGGAGUUCCGCACACCUGAACACGGAAACACUCCGCCUCCAGAGCUGCAGGAGGACAUCAACGAUCAUCCUGCUCGCCCUCCAUCGUUGCUGAGUCCAAGAACAAUUCGCCGAACCCCGUCCGCAGACUCAAGCUCGAGGUUCUCGACAAGUGGAGGCCUUUCCGGAACAGAACUAGAAACUCCUGCGAGCGUGCGGCGUGAGAGGCUCGAUACCGUCGCUCCACUCCGUCAGUUUCCUCCCGCCCACGGCCCUCCUCCUGUGGACUCAUGGGGAAGUAGUAGCUCGGGUAGUAGUUCUGCUGCUGGGUUUAUUACCCAGGGGUGCAGAAUCGAUUUCCUCGACAGCGACACCUUUUCCCUUGCAGACACCAUGAUUCCACCCGACCCCGAGUCCCUGUCGCGCAACACGUCACUGGAGGGAGGCGUCCCGUCGCGACUACCUAGUGCAACUUUGUCAGCGCCGAGAGAUUCUCCACAGUCCCUCUGGGGAAGUCCAGGCUUUUCUUUUCCAACUCAUAGUGGCGAAACAAGGGCCGACAGCGACUCGCCGACCGCGAGAACUCCUUCCAUACCGGAAGUAGAACCGCGAGCAGGAGCAGGCUCUUCGCUGCGAAAGGCGACGAUGUCCUGGUUCGAGAAAAAGCUGCAGGAAGCGGCUGGCUUAGUCGGCGGAGCUUGGUCGACGUCGAAUGCGCCGAGCACCGAUGUUGAGGGUAUGAAUUAUGGUACUGGAAGCUGGCGAAGUAUGGCUAGUGCCAGUACGGCGGCUGGCGCUGGCGGCUCCAGCUUCUCCGAUGCAGAAGACCAUCAACAUGGGUGGUCCUUUUCUUCCUCACGUGGGGGACGAGGUCCUGCGAUACUAGCGCCACCAUCUCCCACGGAUUCGUCCUUUCGAGUCCUGCCAGAUUCCAACUCACCGGCAGGUGGAAGCAGCCCGCCCGCGGGCGGGGGAUCGUUUGACCUGUCGUCUGUUGUGCAGCCGCCGGCGAGCAAAAGCAAGGGCAAAACGAAAAGCAGAAAUAGAACCAGAAGUGGAUCACCCGCCUCGUCUUCUCCCUCUGCCGCUCAUCUCGACAGGCGGUUACUAGGCACCUCCGCUCCGCCCGCACCACCGCAAUCUCCGAGACAAGAACCUGCAUCUGGAAGUACGGACCCAUCAAGCCCACAUUCCGACUCAGUCCCCGAUGCGAGAGCAAGAAGCACUCCGGUGGAAGACGAACAUCACAGUGGAGCAGCCUCGUCUGGAGGGGUUACUUAUUAUAGGAGAAGAGCCGUCGAGAUUUCAAUUUCCUACCACGGCAGGAAGUGUUGAUUUUCACCAACGGAGAUCUGGAUCACCCACAACCUAGACGGAGGACUAAGACUAAUAUGUCGUGUGUGAUGGUAGUACAUGAAAAAUGCGUCGUGUGUACAUGAUUGAUGUGAAGAUAUUAGAUGCAGUUGUUGUAGUGAGCACGUGCGACAAGUUCAAGUGACCUGAUUUUCUGUAGAAUAGUGAAUGACAAGGAGUUGUAUUCAUGAUGACGAGCAGGCUUCACUGUAACUGUAACUGUUUGAAAAUUUGUGAUGUUGAUGAGAGACACACACGUGCACGUCGAAAAGACCACUACACAACGACCAAGACACAACAUACGAGGUGUGCACAGUAAAACUGAACAGACGACAGCACUUUAUUUAUAGAUACAAAGUUCUACAAGCAAGAGCAACACGAAAGGCCAUGCAUAAAAACGACACUCUAGCUGUACAAUGAUUUCAAUGAAUUCAAGCACGUGGCUGCGGCUCACCCUCGAGUCACUUUUCACUAGCGGAUAAGAUUAUAUAUUAUUUUGUCUAUUGGAAAGUGCACCGGAGCGUCAAAAACAUGUUGGCUUUCGAAUGGUUUUAGACAGUAGCAUAAGAUGUUGGAUGUCGAGAAGAAUCAAAGGAACCAAAAAUCGAGUGCGUGUGCGAUUCGGCAUCGGAAAAAUGUCGGCAUCGACAAGAUUUAUAAGAU